AGCCCGUGCUGGGAUGACUUGGAGACCCCGGGCCGACUGCUGCUCAAACACCGCGUUGACAUGGACGAUGAAGAUGGCCGAUGUUUGCUAGAUGUAAUUUGUGACCCCCAGGCUCUGAAUGACUUCUUACAUGGAUCAGAUAAGCUUGACGGUGAUGAUCUGCUGGAUAACACAGGAGAUGGAGCGAGUGCCUUCUUUGUGGGCACUGGGCUUCAUGUUCAGGAAACUCCUGGGAACCAUUUAACUACAGAACCCAACCAGUCAGCUGGUGGUGUAGAUUUGGACUUUUUGCCAGAUGACAUCCUUGGGUCUCCAUCUGCGGCUAACGCAAGCCUCUCCAACUCUGACCAGCCAUGCGACAUUCUUCAGCAGAGCCUGCAGGAGGCCAACAUCACGGAACAGACUCUUGAAGCUGAGGCAGAACUGGACUUGGGUUCCUUCCAGUUGCCUAAUCUGCAGCCCGUGGUGCCGUCCGCUCCGGACGGGACUCCCCAAUUAUUUUCUGGAGGCGCCGAUCUAAUUGGACUUCAGCAGCCGGCAGUGUUGACUCACCAAGCACUAGUUCAGCAGUCAGUGGGGGCAGAUGUGGUCAACAAGGCCAUCAGUGUCCAGCCCUUUAUCCAACAAGUUGGCCUUGGUAAUGUUACAAUUCAGCCAAUCUCCAACCUCCCAGGAUUGCCCAAUGGUAGUCCUGGGGGAGCAUUGGGCAUUGGGCAAAUACAAGUAGUAGGACAGCAAAUGAUGGCCAUCAACCAGCCCACACAGCAGAUCAUUGCCAAGCAAGUACAGCCAACACAGGUAGCCAACCUGCCAGUGGGCAGCUACCUAACAGGGGGUAAUCCUGAGCAGCAGCAGGUCACUCUGACAUCAAGCGGGGUGUCACCACAAAAUGCAGGGUUGGUUUUACAGAACAAAAUUCCCACUGUGGCCACCUCUUUAAAUGGGAGCUCUAUGUUUGGAAGCAUGUCAACUACCCAGUGCACGCAAUCGUUAACCGUUACUUCCAGCCUGAACAGCCCGGUUAUCAUACAACGGACUCCAACUCCAAUACAACCCAAGCCUGCUGGUGUUCUCCAGCAAAAGCUGUUUCAGAUCUCACCUAAACCUUUUAAUCCCAACAACACCACACUUACCAUUCAGGGAGAAGCAGCACUGCAGCAGCAGCAGAAAGCCCAACAAAACCUGACAUUUAUGGCUGGUAAGGCAGGGCAGAAUGUGGUCCUGUCUGGUUUUCCCCAGGGCCUUCCUGCCAAUGUGUUCAAACAGCCUCCCUCACAGCAGCAGACAUUAGGCAAACCCAUGAGUGUCCAGCUCCUAAACCAAGGAAGCAGUAUAGUUAUCCCAGCCCAGCAUGCCCAAGCUAUGUUACAGGGACAGAACCAGUUCCUUUUGCCGGGAGGAUCAACCGUCCAGCAGCUCUCUGCACUGCAGGCCAACAUGAGUGGCCAGAUUUUAGCUGCAUCCCAUGCUAGUGGGCAAGCACACAUAAUUGCCAGCCAAGGUCCAGGGGGCCAGCUUCUCAAUCAAACCUUACCUGCCCAGAUCCUAACAAAUCAAAACCUUGCAAGCCAGCUGAAUUUGGGGCAGGUCCUCACUUCUCAGAACGCUCAUGGCACAGCUCAUAUUUUGUCGGGGCCAAUACAGCUGCAAGCGGGGCAGGUGGGUCAGCCCACAUUGUUCCAGAUGCCAGUAUCCCUGGCCAGUAGCCUAAGCACCCAAAGUCAGUCCUCAGUAACCACAUCUCUGAACCAAGCUGGGCAGACGGUCAUCCAAGGAGUUACGUUGCCCAACCAGGUGACCAUGUUCAAUCCGUCUGAUGGGAUUGGUCAAGCAGUAAGCAUCCAGCAGGCCUCCGCGGGCAGCAGCCAGAGCCCAGGAAUGGUACAAGGGGCCAGCCUCCUGCCCAGCACAGAGCAAACCUCUAUCCUGACCGUCCAAACCACCCAGCAGGCAUCACAAGGACAAGCCCAGCUCCAGAUGAAUGUACAGCAGCCGCCACAGCAGCCUUUAGCCCCUCAACAAGCGAUGCCAAGCCCCAGCAUUGAUCCCAGCUCCGAAAAAAUCAUCCUUAGCCAGGCAACGCCAGGAAAUAUCAUUAGUGCCGAGUCCAUGCAGAUGUUCCUCCAGCAGAAGGAACAGCAGCAGUUAUACGAAGCGGCGUUGAAAUCGCAACAGGAAAGCAGCCUGGUUCAGACCUCGGCAGCCGCACACCUCACAAUGCCAAUCUACAGCAUAGCCGUUUCUGGCAGCACUUUGAGCAGCAGCACCUCCAGCAGCAGUAGCGUACCCGCCUCCGUCAUAGUGAGCAGCAGUGCCGGCUCCGCAGCCCAGUCCAACCGCGAACUGGCCCAGAACCAUACAGCAACACCGGAAUCCAAAGGACACUUACCUCAUUUCCCUGCCAGCCAAUCACAGCAGGCUAUGUCCUGCCAGAUUCCCACCGGACAACAGAAGCUUCCAGGAGCCUCGCCUUCCCACACACUACCUCACCCACCCAGCCCCCAGGUGCAGGCCUCGGCCUCCCACCAUUCACAGAUGCAGUCUCCACACCAGUCACGUCCUCCUUCUCGGCCACCGUCUCGUCCUCAUUCUCGGCCUCCAUCUCAACCUCAGAGUCUCGCUCGCCCUCCCUCCGAGCCCCUUUCCCGAUCCUGUACUCCUCAGAUGCAGAAUCUGUUUGUCAUUCAGAACCAAAUCUCCUCUCCUCACAGUUCUUCCCAGCACCCUCUGCGUCCUCCUUCUCAGCCUCAGGUACAGUCGCCUUUCCCGCCUCAUCAGUCACUGUCUGCUGAAAUGCAGCAAACCCUAUCGUCCCCUCAGCAGCAUGUACAGCUCCAAGUACAACUGAGCACCUCCCAACCUGACAGCCGGACAGGUGUCCCAAUUUCUCUUCAGGCCACACCACCCACCUCCGAUUCCUCCCAGACCCACUCAUUCCCGGUGCAGUUCCAGGCUCAGGCAUCUAUUAAACACCAGGGCCAGCCAAUCCACAUAACGCAGGACCAGCAACGUACCUUUCAGAUGACCCCCAGCCAGUUCCAGGCGUUGACCUUGGCCAACACCCUGCCCCAGCAGAAACAGCUGUUGGAGCGGUACCAGCAGAUGCAGCAGCAGCAGAGUCUGAUGAUACAAUCUCAGCAGUCACAAGGGGGCGCCCAAACAUCCCCUGCUCUCGCUGGGCAAUACAACGCUCAGUCUUCGGUGAUGAUCAGUGGACAAGGGCAGCAAGGACCAACACAAGGCCCUCUGCAUGGGCACUCCCCUGGCCAGGUGUUGGUGCAGCAAACUUCUGUGGCACACGGCGAUCUGACAAAGGUGCAGACAGGAGCCAUGACCCAGGCGGCUCAGCUUUCAACACUACUUCAGCAGCAGCAGCAGCAGCAGGCAUCGGUUCUAGUGAAGACGUCAGGUGCCACAUCUGGUCCCGGACCCCAAGACGCAUCUGGUUUCUCCAAUACGAGUGGGAAACCGCUUGUGGUGCAGGGGAAACCUAUCAACGCUGUCCCUGUGCACUCCCAGGCUAAAACCGGAGUCAUCAGCUCAGUGCCUACUAUCAGCCUGGGAAAGGGCUCUCUGCAAAUCCAAGUUGUUGGAAAAGGCAUCUCUCAGAUUGUACCUGGCACCCAGACGCAGUUUGAUAGUAAAUUUGGAACGCUGAAAAAACAUCAGACACUACAGCCAAGCAAGGAAGCCUGCUUCCUGGAGCAGCUCCAUAAACACCAGGGCACAGUCCUGCACCCAGAUUACAAGACACCCUUCCACUCAUUUGAAGAUGCCUUGCACAGACUUCUUCCCUACCACGUGUACCAGGGUCUGCUGCCCAAUCCAAAUGACCUAAGAAAAGUGGAUGAUGAGUUUGAGACAAUGUCUACUCAGCUCCUGAAGCGCACCCAGGCCAUGCUGAACAAGUAUCGCUUGCUGCUUUUAGAAGAGUCCAGGAGAGUGAGUCCUUCUGCAGAGAUGGUAAUGAUCGACAGAAUGUUUAUUCAGGAGGAGAAAGUUGCUCUGUCUCAGGACCGACAGUUGGCAAAGGAAAGACCAGAUGAAUACGUCUCCUCUUCUUCACGGUCUCAGACUGUAACCCCUUCUGUGACCUCCGUCUCUUCCUCGCCGUGUCCUGCCCCUGCAGCAGAGACCCACAGACCCCCUGCAAUGCAGACCUCCACACCAAUACACCCUACCAAGCUAGUGAUCAAGCACAGCAGUGGGGGUUCUCCCUCUGUCACUUGGGCCAAAGCCUCACAGUCGCUUGAUGCAGAUGACGACGCACUCCCUUCACGCAGCAGACCUCCAAUCAAAACAUACGAGGCCCGUAGUCGUAUCGGGCUGAAGUUGAAGAUCAAGCAGGAGGCAGGGCUGAGCAAAGUCAUCCAUAACACUGCUUUAGAUCCUGUUCAUCACAACCCUCCACCGCCACCUCCACCUCCUGCCCCACCCACAACACCCGCCAGCACCGUCAUCAAGACAACUGUCAACCCAACCCCAGCCACAGUCACAACCACCACACCCUCUGGGCAGAUGAAUGGUACACUGGACCAUUCAUCACCUGUUGAAAAGAAGCCCAUGGCCACAUUCUGCAGGCUACCCCUUCGUAAGACGUAUCGGGAGAACGUAGACGCCUUUGUGACCGGUAAGCCAACAGACACCAGGUCAGCGGUCGAAACACCUGCACAAGUACCAGUUAUGACCCAGGCAAUAAAGCAGGAAGAUGAAUGCAGAAGCGUCAUUACAUCCCACAAGGUGCAAGGAGUCCCAGAGAGUGUAAAGGUGAAGAAAGAAGAAAGCCCAAAGCUGGUGUUCUUCAGCAGAGGAGAAUCCAAGAGGAAUAGUAAUGAGAUGACCAUGAGCUUGAAAAGAGACCCCAAGGAUGACGAGCCAGGAUUCUACCGACCGGUGGUCAAGUCCGAACCAAGAGAUCAUGAGUCUGAGUUGAAUUGGGAGAUGACCCUUCCAUCAGCCAAAAGGCUGAAGUCAGAGCAGUUUGACGUGGACAACGCCAGCUUCUCCAGUGACAGCCCCCAGGACGACACCCUGAACGAGCACCUGCAGAGCGCCAUCGACAGUAUCCUCAACCUUCAACAGCCCCAGAGUGGUGGAAAUUCGAAUGCCCUUCUGCGCUCCUCAGCCCAGUCUUCAUACCAUCACUCCUCUUCCUCCUCCCCCUUCUCCUCCCCAGUCCACCGCACAGACUCGUACCUUACCCCCAACCACAACGGAGGCCUGGGGGCCAGGACGUUAAAUAGAUAACAGGGGAAGGAAAUGAGCGAGCGAGCCAUGAGAAAUAAAUGAAUUGCCCGGGGAGACGAAUGAUGAUGUCAUGAGCAGGACAUGAGCCGACGCAGUACUUGGAGACAGGAGGGCACACAUUUUCAGAUUAAGCCUCAAUUUUCUUUUUCUUCUUUUUUUUUCCCCAUUUGUCCGCACGGUGCGGCAAGUGGUUCCGUGGAGAAAUUGUGCCGCUUCUUAGGUGGAAAGUUGGGAACUUUCCGGCACGGGCCGGCUAUCUCCCCCGACAGAACUUUUCAAAGGACACGUUCAACUGGUGAUCUGUUGCCUUCAAAGCUUUUUUUUGUCUUCUUUUUCCCCCCCUCCCCUAUUACCUCCCGCUUCCAUCUGUUUUUUCUCAUCUCAACUUGAACUGUCAAAAAAAAAAAUUACAAAGGAGUAAAAAAAAAAAAA